GCCCCUGGGUCAUGUGAGCGAGCAAGAUGGCGGCGCCCACCGGGAGGACGUGAGGUGGGAGGUGCCAUGUUGGAGGCAGCGGGAACGGCUCGGUGAGGGCGGCGGGGCCGUGUCCGCCCGUACGGCUCAAGCACAGGUUUGGGGACCCUCCUCGAGCGGCCUGAAGCCAUCCCGGUGAGAUCCUUGCCCCUGAUCCCGCUUUCUGCGCUCCUCUAUCCUGCCAAGCCCGAACCGAAGCAGGCUCAGUCCUAUAGCAGGGCUUAGGACACAGCCUUCACAUUGUAAAAGGAACUUGAGGACUUCAAGAUGUCAGGAAGAGAGUUUCUUGAACUAGAUUCUCCGCAGAAAAGACUAAUUUUGGAAAGAUUUAAGCGGAUGGAAAUCAUACAAAAGAUGUUCAAUGAGCUUCCUAAAGCAGAUCAGAACCUUUGUAAUCAUGGAAAAUACUUCCUAGCGGCAAAUUCAAGCCUAUGUGGCUUAGCAGCAAAUAAUUUCUUCAGGAACAUCCUACAUGUCAGAAAGGCUGCCUUGGUGUCUGCUGUGCCAAUGGCUGUUAUUCCAUUUCUUUCAACAGCAGCAGUUUAUGAAGUUUUUGUGCAUGACCCUUUAUUUUCAGGUCAGCUGAACUGUGAGGUCUGUGCUGUGAUCAGAGGAGGAUUAGUAGGUGCUGUUGUGGGUGGUUUCUAUCCCAUUUUCCUGGCUAUCCCCUUGAACGGAAGCCUUGCAGCCAGGUAUAUGUCGAGUCCCUUGCCAGGGAAAGAAAAUCUCUUGCGCUACUGGCUCACCACUUCUCAGCCUGUCUUUCGAAAGAUGAGUCUGGGGAUACUGGUGCAGGCUCUGACUGGAUUAUAUCUUGCCACUAAACAGCAUGGAAUAUACAUCAAAAUGCUGCUGCAGAUGGCCACUAGCAGGGAUUCUGAAGAGCUACCUGAAUGAAGUAAAGCAACUUUUCAAUUGCUUUGGAUAAGUAACCAUAAUAAACAAGAAAAAGAAAUGCUGCUGUGUCUUUUUAAUACAAAAACCAAGUCUCUGCUCUGGCAUUUUUAAAGUUUUGAACUUAAAUGCAAGGUAAACUUUUCAUUAUGCCCAG